AUGGGAGGAAGCAGAACUUCUUUUGGUCCUCCUCCAGUAUACGUCGUGCCUCCGCCGCCGCAGCAUCACUAUCACUUUCAGUAUCCAUACCGGACACCCGUGUCGCCUGUGUCGCCUGUGGCCCCCGACAACAUGGCUCCUCCGAGUGCUGUCAUGAACGCCGGUCCAACCCAGGGGCAGCGCAAGCUCAUCCACCGAAAGAGCACCCUCUCGUUACAUCUCUCCUCGUUUCUUCAUCACACUACCCCGAGCGGCGGGAAGGAAAACGGAUACAAGAACCCACCGUGCAGCAGCGAUGACACCACGGACCGCGAAAGCAGUGGUGGUAUCUCGACGGCAAACACCAGUGUUGCUGGGUCAAGGAGCAGCAGCAUCAACAGUAAAACAGCAACAGGACUGACGGUGUCAACACCAGCAACAGAGGUCGACCAGGGAUCCCAGGAGCGGAAAAAGGAACGGCGCAAAUCCCGGCUUUCGAUGCUGAUUCCAUCAUUUUUCUCAUCAGACGCAGAUCAGCAGGGUAUUACGGGUACCUCUGUUAGUGCUGAAAAAGGUACCAAGCUGCACAAGCAGCAGCGGCCAGUGACUGCCAAUCCCCUCCUUUCCAUGGCCCCGGUCACUGCCGCCAAUUACGCCAAUCCAGGGGCGCAGCAAGCAACCACUUCAGCCAAGUCCACAGUGAGAGUGACGGGCACCGACCACACCAAUGGCACCACAACCAUCCGGCCAAGUACCAGUGUCAAUGUCAGCCAUAACAGCAACCUAUAUUACGACCCGGCUGCCAACUAUUCCACCUCUACUAAUAGCUCCCCUCCUUUGUCGCAAACAGAACCACACCAAGUCCGAGCGUCGACAAUGCCCCUAGAAAAGACGAACCCCUCCACCUCCUCGCCCGGUCCCGCAGCAAGGCCUGGCACCGGGUCCCGCAGUGUUUCGGUCGAAGGUCCUCCGCCGGGAGUCGCCAUUCCACCCAACCGUCUCCAGAAGCAACAGCAGCAGCAACAACAACAAGACUAUCAACAACAACAGCAACAACCACCCCGCAACAGCUCACCAGCAUCCUCUACAGGCCACUCGCGCAGCCGAAGCACUUCCAGUCAACCUCCGGCAGCAGAACCACCGCGCAUCGUUUCCACUUCGGCCGACUCGAGGCCGACAUCAACACAUUCCAACGGCAGCGAUGACAGUAGUCCGAUUACCCAAAAACAGAAGCAGAGGAGGAGUUGGUUCGGAGGCCGAUCAAGGUCCAACUCGGAGGUCAACAAGGGAGACAGCAAUGCCGCCUGGAUUGUUGCGCCAGACAGCAAGGCCGAUUACAGCACUGCGAACCUCAUGAAUGGUGAAAAGGUACCCGAGCUAUGGAACGAAUCUGGAAACCUCUUCAUCUACCUCCAUCCCCCAACGAGUGGCCGCGGCCCAUCAUUCAAAGUCCACGAUUACCUCGUCAGCUCGUCGCAACUAUUGCUGUCCGAGAUUACCGGGUUCAACAACCCCCGGAAAGCUAGCGCCGCCGGCAGCCUUCUUACAGUCGACGAUGCCACCAACAGGCGACCAGUACCACCAUCAUCGGCCUAUGGCGCCAACCCGAAUGAUGGACACCUAUACCUCCCGCUUGAGAAUACCAACCUCGACACUCUUGUCGCUGCAAGGAAUUUGUUUGCUUUAUUAACCAGCCAGCCCAUUAUUGCCGCAAACAACCACCCGACAUUGUUUGCGACACUGCUUCAGAUGGCUGCCCUGCUCAAGUACUUGGGCUUCAGGAAUCAUGACGGGUCAACGUUUGGCGAACAGGUCGAUGGCGCCUUCAACUCCUUCUUGGACCAGUUUGGCGUUUCGGAUGUGAGAGGCAGUCGCGAGAAGACCAUCCAAGCUAUCAUCCUGGGUGAGCACAUGCGGUCAUGGAGUCUCUACAACGAAGCCUUCACCCACGCUGUCGGCAAGUACGAGUCCAUCCAGGAUCUCAAGCUACCCAUCUACAACAAUGUUUCGGUUAGCACCAGGAACAGGCUUGAGCGCGCGUAUUUGGACCUCACCAACAGACAGGCCAACGCCAGCCUUAAACUUGAGAGCUUCGAGUUCCCUUCCCUGUUUGCAGGCAUUGGCAGCUCGACAUCCAGCGAAGAGGCCAAGCAUCUGAACUUCAAGGAAUGGCAAAAGUCUUUCGGCAAAAUGCGCACUUUUGUGCUCAGCUACUACAAGGACCAGUUCGGCAACUGGCCGCCCAAGGCACGAAGCAAGAAGAACCAGUUCUCUCAGAGCGGUCUCAACCGACAAUGCCUCAAGAUGCUUUAUUCCGACUGCUGUGCGCUUUACGACCUGCUUGUCGAUCGCGAAUCCAUUACUCCCCGUGUGAUCGACCAGAAGUUCGAUGACGGUGUCGCGGAAGCCGAAGCCGAGAGGGAAAAGGCCAAGAACGCCAACGAGCUCGAGUACGAACUCUUCCUGAUGCGCUCCGCCCUGCGCACCAUGCUCAGCGAGUUUGACCACUCCUCGCCUCCCGUCCUGCCGCCCAUCCCCUUCGACUGCCCCAAGAUCCCCUCCAUGACCGCCAUCCACGAGAACUACCGGGAGCUGGACGCCAAGAAGAGGGCCAAGCUCGACCGCAAGCUGGCCUCCAACGAGCUGAUGCUCAUGCUCAUCAAGUCCCACAACAUCGACACCGAUGCGCUCCAACUCCCCUUCCUCCAAGCCUUCAAGGAGUUCGAGCACAAGGAAGCCAAGGGCGUCAAUCCCUCGGACAUUGCAAAUCAGCGCGUUGGGUACUGGCUCUUCCUCUACGUCGUGCUGCAGUCGCUGCCCAUGCUCGUCGUCGACGCCCCCGGCCUCCACUGGACCGAAGGAGUCGAGUACUUCCUCUGCGAAGCUCCUCAGGGCAACCCGCCCUGGAUGGAAGACGCCGGCGAAGUCCGCAAGAUGUGGUACCAGACCAACAACGGCCAAGGCAUUGUCGAGCUGUCCGCCGACGUAGUCAUGUUCUCGGUGGAAGGCAUCUACAUGCGCUCGCACUGCUGGCUAGCAGCCAAGGAAUGGGAAGCCGCUCUCCUCCCACCCUCUGCUCAAGCCGCCAUCAACCAACCACUCGACGCCGCCGCCGCCGCUAUGGGACAAGGAAUCACCCCUCUGGAACCACCCCGCGCGGUAUUCCAAGAUAACGACCCCUUCUCCGCGGGCCAUCAGCGCUCCGGCUCAAGACCACAAAGCAGCUACAUAGGCACGCCCGGUUCCGAACCCGCCUCUCCUCAUCUCCGUCCCCGCACAGGAUCACCAGCAGAUAGAGGUGUCUCGACCUACAGAUCUAGUAUCGCCAUAGGCCUCGAGCCGCUCGAUUUCAGCCAAUUCGAUCCCAGCGGGCCCUCAUCCCAGCAAGAGGCGGAAUUCAUGCAAUCUCUCGCAUCCGGUCAAGAUCGCACCUCGCGAGUGUUUUCCACGCCCGCGAACAUCCCGAGCCGACCUGAUUCUUUGAACGGAAACGGGUUCCAACCCGGCCACGGCCACCGCGCUAGUUCCGUCAGCAGCGCCCAGACUCUUUCUGCGCUUAGCAACCUCAGCGUGGUAGACAAUGGGUAUGAUGGACGAUCCAGCGCACCGCCUGCAGCGUAUAGGGAUCCAUCUAGGGGAUCGAUUGUUAGUAUGAAUGGUCAGCCUGUACAACACCCAGGGUCGAGUGUCAGCCCGAGCCCAUUGGGCAGGGGCGAAAGUCCACCGAGGCAGAGCCCGCCGAGACAGCAGAUGGCGCAACAACCGACGACGGCAGCUGCGCCACCGAAUAAUGGGGGAAGCACGUUUGACGAUAUCUUGAAGGGGAUGGAUAACCAGAAGAAGAAGAAGAAGGGUCUUUUCUUUUGA